AUGCGUCCAAUUUCCAGAGCUGUCCUCCGGCCAUAUGUCUGCCAAACCUGCCGCCAUGGCAUUGGCGCUGGCCGGCGGCGAUUUGCAUCUCAAGCCGAUUCUCCUGACCUCUACGACGUUGUCUGCGUUGGAGGCGGACCCGCCGGCCUAGGGUUAAUGGCUGCACUUCGUGCAUCGCCUAUCACCUCCAAGCUCCGAGUGGCUCUCAUCGAGACCCAGGACCUCACCAAAGCCCAAGCUUGGAAUCUCGAACCAACCCAAUACUCCAACAGAGUUAGCAGCUUGACCCCCUCAUCUGUGGCAUUCCUGCGCCAAAUCGGCGCAUACGACCAUCUCGAUGUCGACCGCGUGCAGGACUACCAGGACAUGCAGGUCUGGGAUGGACAGACCGGAUCCCGAAUAUCGUUUGACUGGUCCAUGGAGACCUCACCAUUCGAAGACCCCCGCGCCGUCGCAACAAUGACCGAGAACGCAAACCUGGUCCGCGCACUUCUCCGUCGCAUCGCACAGUCCGGUGACGAAAACCUCUCCCUCUUCUCAAACUCCACCGUCGCCUCCAUUGAAACCGGCUCCGACCUCAAGCCAGAAGGCCCUGACCUCUCCGCCUGGCCCAUCCUUUCCAUCAAACCCACCGGCCCAGGCGAGUCCACCCCCAAGCGCAUAGCUGCCCGUCUCCUGGUCGGCGCAGAUGGCAUCAACAGCCCCGUCCGCUCCUUCGCCGACAUCUCAACCCACGGCUGGGACUACGGCCGCCAUGGAAUCGUCGCAACACUCGCCCUAGGCGACCUCGACAUCCCACCUUUCCCCGCCUCAAAGCGAACAGCUUACCAGCGCUUCCUCCCAGCCCUGGGCGGCCCAAUCGCCCUCCUCCCCCUCCCAAACAACAACGCAACCCUCGUCUGGUCCACAACACCCGAGAAUGCCGCGUAUCUCAAGUCCCUCUCCACCCCCUCUUUCCUCGCAAUGGUCAACGCCGCCUUCCGUCUCGACAUGACUGACCUCAGUUACAUGAUGGGCAUGUCUUCCUCCUCCGACAUCUCCCACCAAGACGAACUCACCUGGCGCACUAAGCACACUGUCCUCCCAUCCCAGAUCCCUCCACCUGCAACUGCCGUGCAGGAAGGAACUGUCGCAUCUUUCCCCCUGCGCUUUAGACAUGCGGCGCAGUACGUCUCCCCGCGCGUGGCGCUUGUCGGAGAUGCCGCGCAUGUCAUCCACCCGCUCGCCGGUCAGGGUCUGAACCUCGGCUUGGCGGAUGUGGCUUCUCUGUCCAAGACGAUCCAGUAUGCUGUUUCUCACGGUAUGGAUGUUGGCGAUCUGCUUACGUUGGAACGUUAUUCGUCUGAGCGGUACUUGCCGAAUGCCAAGAUUGGCGGUGCUUGUGAUUUGCUUCAUAAGAUGUAUACGGUCCCUGGAGAGGGGCCUGUUGCCUGGACUCGGAGCCUUGGGUUGGGUGUUGUUGAUCGAUUGCCUUUCGUUAAGUCGUUCUUGAUGAAGAAUGCUGAGGGUUAUUAG